UGCUGCUUCGGAACCGGAGUAGUUUGUCCCAGCCCAAGCCCUGUCGGCGGAUGACGUCAGGCGAAGUCACGUGUGUAGGAGCCCAGAGCGGGUCGGGCAGCCCAGGAAGCUGACAGGGGACAAGGAAGCGAAGUGGAAGGAUGGGGCUAUGGGACCGCUCCGCUAAUUCCUCCCGAACGCUGCAGUGAUAGAUGGAAGCAUGCUCUGCGAGUCUGCAGCCCAGGAUGUCUUAUAAUGAGAAGAAUGAUGCCGCCUUUGCCUACGAGUCUUCUGUGCACAGCAGCAAUGUUCUGCGUCGGCUUGGCAGCCAGAGAGAGCAGGGGAUCCUUUGUGAUGUGACCGUUGUUGUGGAAGAUCAGCGAUUCCUGGCUCACCGGACGGUGCUCGCUGCCUGCAGUGACUACUUCUUAUCGCGGCUCGUUCAGCCGUGCGAUGGCGAUUUUAUCAUUACGUUGCCUGAAGAGGUAACCGUGAAGGGCUUUGUUCCAUUAUUGCACUUUGCUUACACCUCCAAACUCCACGUCAACAAAGACAACCUAUUAGCAAUCCAAGAGUGUGCAAAGAUUUUGGACAUCCAUGAUAUAGAAGAAGCCUGCUUUGAGUUUCUCAAAUUAAAAUACCAAGACCUCAAAGCCGACCUUCAGGAAUGCCCUCGGAAGAAAUGCUGCAAGUCGUUUUGUCCUAAGGCAAACGUUCAGCGUCAGCCUGACGUGCCCACCAACGUCGGAAUAAAUGAAGUUGAGGAACUUUGGAGAGCAGAGCUCCCCUCAAAAAUCAAAUGCGCGGCUGAGAUUGAAAACAUAUCGACAGUUUCCGAGAGUCCAAAGAAGCCCUGUGAGACAUUCUGCUUUGGUCGGGAGAAUGACCCCGACAGUUCUGCCCUUUGCCCAAAAUACAGGAAGUUUCAGAAAGCCUUUAAGAGCGACCGGGUUCGAUCGAUAAGCACAUGCUCCAGCAACCAGGAUGUUCCAAGCCCAUUGCCUGUCCAGUCGAGUGAGGCUUCGGAAAAUGUUGUUAUGGCCAGAUCCCAAAAUCAGCCUCUAGAAAUGGAGAGGAAUGAGUUAAAUCCACAGGACAUCAAUGUUACAUACCUCAACCUCCCUUGUGAGGAAAAGACCAGUGGCAAAGCUGAGUUCCCUCCUAGUUUUCCCCUGGGACAGCAGGAUUUUAACCCUGCGCCAUUUCAAUGUUCAUUUCAGCCCUACAGAAGCUUAAACUACAACGAGGUGCCGGACCCCACUAUAGAAGUUCUGCCGGAGAAGCCCAACAGUGACCAGCAUGUCAGUCCGACAGCUGAUUUAUCCAGCACAAAGGAGCUACCAGGACCCGAUUUGUGUGUCCCCGAGGAACGCAGCAAUGUAGAAAGGGAAGUAGCGGAACAUCUUGCAAAAGGCUUUUGGCCUGAUAUUUACAACAGCGAAUUUCAUUGCCAGCCAGAGAUAGAAAUGGUGCCUAAUAAUAAAGAAUCACGUGAGGAAAGUAAUGAGGAAAAAAGGCAAGAGUGUCCGUGGCUGAACAUCACCAUCAGUGAGGGCGGUGAGAGGACUUUUACAACUCUGAACUCGGUCUCUUGCCCCUUCAUCAAUACCCUCUCCAGCGAGGGCUGUGCCAACAACUCCCAACUCAUGCUGGAGGAGUGCAUUCAGGAGAAACAGCAAGACACGACCUGUCCAUAUGCAUGUUCCAUGACUCCCGAAGGCGACUCGGAAACGGACAGCGAGGACGACAGUGAGGAGUCCUGUUCCGCUAAAGAACAGGAAUGUGAGACAAAACUGCCAUUCAACGCACAAAAAAUAAUUUCCCUUUCCCGAUAUGACUUCCAAUCACUGGUCAAAAGGCACAAUCUCUCGGCCGAGCAGUUGGACUGUAUCCAUGACAUACGGCGCAGAAGUAAAAAUCGAAUAGCUGCACAGCGAUGUCGCAAGCGGAAACUAGAUUGCAUCCAGAACCUGGAGUGUGAAAUCCUUAAACUGCAAAAUGAAAAGGAACACUUGCUGAAAGAGAGGGACCAAAUAUUAAACACUUUGGGAGAGACCAAGCAAAAUCUGACUGGACUUUGCCAGCAGGUAUGUCGAGAAGCUGCCCUGAGCCGAGAGCAAAUGCAAAUCCUUGCAAAAUAUUCCAGCACCGAGUGUCCCCUCUCUUUUUUACUCCUGGAAAAGGAUAAAAUGCUUCUUCAGUGUGACUCCAUGUUGCAGGCUUGCCAUUUUGCCGAAGGAUUACCCUCUGUGGAGACAGGCAGGCAUCCCGACGUCUGUAAUGGUAUUCUUCCAGUACAAACUGCCGCCACCGAAAGCAUGGCGCCAGCCAGUAACAGCAGCCAGACUGGUAUAAGUGAUUUCUGCAAGCAAAUGACUGACAAAUGCACUACUGACGAGCAAACAUAAAACCGGCACUUUUAAAGCCGAUUGUUCAUUUACAACCGAGAUCUCAAAACUCCACCCCCUCCCUGUUUGACAUCGGCGACAGAGGGAAGCAAUAUUUUAUUUUUAACAAUAUAAAAAGCUCGGGAAUGGAGAAGGAAAUCCAUUUUAAGCAUUUAUUUUUAUAUGAAUAUAUCAGAGCCAAAAUGGCUGCGGAAUAAUUUUUUUUUUUUUAUUUAAUGUGCAUGAUGCAAUGUUGCUGCUUUACAAAAAUCCCCCGUGUUUCCGGAACUGAUUUUAGUACAGCGCUAAAUGUUAGCGCGGCCCACACCUUUAUAAUGAGUAUAUACUUAUACGAUUUUGUAUUGUUGGAUUGUUUUUGUAGCGAACUCUGCUUAAUCCUGGGUGUGGGCGCAUUAUUCACCAAAAAUUUGUGCAUGAUUAUACCCUAAAGGUGCUCUAUGGUAUUUCUACCCUUCCAAUCAGUAAUAAUUUUACAGUUUGCACCAUCACAACCUUCAUAAUGGGGCAGGCAGUUGUUUCCUUACCGUAAUGUGGUUACUAUAUAAAUGUUCAACAUUUCACCAAUACACUUUUUUAGCUUUUUAUACAAAUAUUCCUAAUUCAUUUUACAUUCAAAGUUGAAGUCUUCCCCCCCACCCCCGACGCAUUCUUUGCUAUCAUGCUAUCGGAUUAUUGUACCAGUGUAUAUUGCAUGAAUAAAUUGUACAUAUAAAGCCUCAAAAACACGUUUGAAGGCAUUUGGUAAAUAUGCCAAAACAGCCUUAAGCUGACUAUAUAUUAUAAGAUUCACCCACUUGGUGAGGUCGCCAAAGAGUGGAUCUUAGCCUAAUAUUCCUUUUCCUAUUCGGAAAGGAAUACAGGCCGCUGGGGCUAAAGGUCCUAAUACACGUUAAGAUUUGCUUGCUUGGCGAGAUCGCCAAGCGAGCGGAUCUUCACCCAAUAUCUCCACCUACCAAUUAUAUUGGCGGCAAUGGGGCAGCUGGUUCGGCCAGGUUAAAAGAUUCAGACGGAUCAGGGACUGCAUUGGCUCGUUGAUGCGGUCCCCGAUCCGACUGAAUCUUUUAACCUGGCCGAUCGAUAUCUGGCCAAAUUCCUGUCCGUGUAUGGGGGGGGCCUUAAGACUGCAUCAAUGAGCCGAUGCGGCCCUCGAUCUGACGGGGAAAUCAAACCUGCCCGAUCGACAUUUGCCUGGAUUCUGCCUAGAUGUUAGUCGGGGUAGGCCUGUCGGAAAUAAGUUGCUAAAUCUGUCUGGAGAAGCCAAAUUGCCAUCUUAAAUGGCCACAUUUAGUCUGAGAGUAGACUCCAUUAUUCUUGAGAUUCCGACUUUUUCAAUGUGAUUUAUGAUGUGACGACCUCAUCAGUUCGGAUCUACCGAGAAACGAAUGAAAUCAAUGGGAAUUGAAUAUUCUCAUUUCGGGGAUUGGAUAUUUAAUUUGUGGUUUCUUAAAAACUCAGACGUUCAAGUUUGACUGAGACGUAGCCUUUUGUUGAUUGGAAAGCUUUUUUGUCAAGUCAAAUUGGAAGAAAUUAGUUUUUUUUUCUGGAAUUCUCCAGUUAAUGAAACAUGAUCAAACAUGGCUGCAUGUUUUUUGGUAAAUGUGCCGCUAAUUCUAAGAGAAACCUGUUAGUAGAGUUGUUUAAAAUCACCUUUUCCAUCCAUUGCAUCAUAUCAACUCAUACUUUAUUUUUUGGCCUUUUCUUAAGGGAUGCACCAAAUCCACUAUUUUAGGAUCCGGCCAAACCUUGAAUCCUUUGUAAAAGAUUCAGCUUUACUAAACUGAAUCCAUAAGGAAGUGUCAAAGAGAACCAUGCAUGAAGCGAGCAGUGAAAGAUGUUCAACUUCCAUGUAUGUGACAAAAAGUCACUUGAUUUUAGGAUUCGGAUUCAGUCUGGCUGGAGGCAUGGAUUUGUCCGAAUCCUGCUGAAAAUGCUGAAUCCUGGAUUUGGUGCAUCCCUACUUUUUUGUUAAGCAGACAUAAUAGAAACGUAUCACAGGGCUUCCCAGCGUUUUGGGAAUUCAACUCCCCCAUCAGCUGGGAUAUAUUAUAUCUCACUGCUUAUUUGGUUAUCCAGUUUGCGGCAGUAUCACCAGUUAGCCCCAGUAUGGAAUUUAAGACCCAUGUGGGAGGGACCUUAUGCUUGUUCACGGGUCCCACACUCCAUUAUUGGUCUGGAAUGACCCGACUGAAUGAGACGUUGGUCGCGAGUGUGACCAAUUAUAAAACAAAAUAAUUUUGAGUCUUCCAAUGAAAAUAAAUGAAGAAGUGCCCUGGAAUGUAGAUCUUUUCUUGUUGUGUACAUUGGUUUUUGUAGUAAAAUAUCAGACUAUGGACUAAACAUAUAUAGACUUGGGGAACGCUGUGUUUGCUUACUUAAUAGGCCAUUAAUUAUAAACUUACUUGGACUUUGCCACGGAACUAUAAGUAAUGCAUGGAUCCACCUUUAGGUUUGUGGGUGUUUUAGGGGAAAUUUUAAACAGAAUUCACUAAAUUAAGUCCUUUUUAAAAACUACUGGUAAUCGUUCGCUUUGGUUUUUUUGGAGAAGUUUGUAUUUAAAAUGGGUGACCCUGUGUUGACUAUAGAUAUGCAUUUCUUAAAUGUAAUUUAAUAUAGUGUUGGAUCAGGCCAUGGAUGCAGUCUUCUCCCAUCUGGUUAGCAGGGUCUCUCCUGUGAUUUGUUUGCUGACAUGGUGGCCAAAUCAUUGGAUGAGAGCAAAUCGGCACAUCCUAUUGGUGGCCCAACGAGUGGAGCUUCAAGUGUAUAGUCAACAUAAGCCUUGAAGAACUCUUAAUGACUCGGAGCAUAUGUUGGAAGGUUUGGCGACUUCCCCUUCAAUUCCAUUGCCACAUAAUAUGCCGCACAUUUCUGAUUUGGGUGCCUUUGAACAACAGUCGGAGACCUGCUGUGCAGAUAUCCCUGAUGAAGGGAAUAUUAAACCAUCCUACCUCAAAGUUGAACAAACGUCUCUGCUACAGAGUAAAUCUGACUCCCAUGCUAUGAAUACUUCACAGUAUAUUCCAGUAUGAGCAAUUAAGGAAUGCUCGGAUAGAAGCAGCUAUAUUCUCCAUUUACAGCAUCCAAGUAUAGCACUUACAUUUACAGUCGGUUUCGUAUUGCUGCAGUUGAUUGCAGCAUCUCCGCGUAUCAUUGCGACAAUUUCCAAUCAAGCACAGGGAUCGCUGGGGCAUUUUUGUAGCAGCUUGCUUUGUUUCUUAGGUUGUGCUUGAGCUUUGUACAUCCCAAAAUGUCAUUUAUACACACUCACUUUCAAUAUCAGACCUCGAAUUUCCGCUCAUUCAUUUUAACAUGGUAACGUGGAACAGUUUUAGCCACAUUUGGCACAUUUCUAAAGCACUGGAUUUCAGCUUCGGUACUAAAAGGAUAAAAAAUAAAAAAAACAAAACAAAUAUGGCACUCUCAUGACAAGGGAAACACUCUACCUCAUUUUUCAUAUGAUUUCCAGGUGCGGAAGUGAUUUUGCUCUUUACCGUAGGAUAUAUUUCCCAGGUAGGGAUACUUUGUAGAGCCGUCAUAUGCGGGUUCCUGCUCAGCAUCUGAUAUUAUGCAACUUUAUUACCUGAUUAUGCCGCUGAUCAUGUAUCGUGUAUGGUUUUUUUUUUGUUCUGUAACCCUAAUUACAAAGCUUGGGAGAUGUACUUCUAAUAUGUAUAUGGGAGAGCUACACAUCUAAUAUGUACAUGGGAUGAUUUUGUAUUUUAUAUAUAUAUAUAUGUUGAAAGUACAAAGCUGACAACCAUUUUAAUUUCUUUGGGCACAAAUGUACUUGGUGGAAAGAAUAAAUUCCUAUUAAUUAACUAAUUCAAGAUAAUUAUUAA